UGGGGGGACCCUAUGGCACGGAAGCUGGUGCCUUUCUCCUCACUUGACUCCCAGCGUCCUGGGACACGCGCUCCCUCGGGAACCCACAAUUGUGUGGUGCUUUGCAGUUUCCGAAGCACGUUCCUGCUGAGCCCCGGUCGGCCUCAGGAGGCUCUGGGGGAGGAGCCCUAAAGGGAAAACCCAUCCACUUGAGGGCCAGUCGGGGACGGGAGGCUCCGAGAGAGCUUGCUGGUGGAGGUGGCCUUGGGGCUGGCCUUGUCCGGGGCCUGAGCCUCAGGUAGAGGCCUGGGCAGCUGGGGAGGAGGGGUGGGCGCUCUGAUGCAGGGCCUGGCAGAGGGUCUGUGGAGGCCUAGGAGGUCCCAUCUCCCAUCAGCUGAUCUGGCUUCCGGGCGGCUCACUCCGCUGUCAUGUGAUGCCUUAGCACCCUUCUGCCCGGAAGGAGGGAAGGGGCCUGGCAGCCCUUUACCACCCAGCUCCUUCCUGGUUUGCUAAUGGCCUUAGGUGCCCGGAGACCGACUUGCUGGCAUCUCCCAGCCCUAGAAGCGUCUGCGGGUUUAGGACCAAGCUGAAUUUCCAGGCUCUGGUGCAGACCCUCGAAUGGGGUGCUUGUAUGGGGGGGAGGUUGAUGCGGGGAGGGGCGAGAGUGGUAAAAACGUGUUUGCCGGGGGCUUCCUAGAUCCUUCUCAGUCUUCUCUCACUUGCCCAUUGCCCCCCACUCCUCCCCCCCCCCCCAUGCCCUUUCUAGGACAGCUAUUUCAUUUUCUGGUUGAGUCAGUUAUUAUCUGUUUUCCUCACUAGUCUAAACUCCACUAGAGGGUUUGUCUCAGUCACUACUGUCUCCCAUUCCUGGAACGGUGCCUGGUCCAAGGUGGAUAAUCUAUAAAUAUUUGUGGGAAGGACAGUGGGUGGGGGGGAGUGGGGGAGCGGUGAGGAGGAAGGACCAGACGUGUGUUUAGCACUUGCUAAGUGCUUUAUAAACAUGCCCUCAUUGAGUCCUGGCCCCCAGGGCAGCACCGGCUACUCUGCCCUCCCGCAGGCAUCCUCAUUGGAGCGCCCCCCCCCCCCCCAAAUCUUGAGAGAGAGGCUUGUCUUUCUUUUCUCUUCUUGGGACUUGGACUGCCAAGAUUGGAUAGGCCAGAGGAAGAAACAGAAGGAAAAUCAGACUGCAGAGAUCCCGUGUAUCUUGAGCUGGGCCUCGGUUUCGGGCGCCCCCAAACACGCGAAGGGGGACCCCAUUCCCGAGGAACUCUACAAGAUGCUGAGUGACCACUCAAUCCGCUCCUUCGAUGACCUCCAGCGCCUGCUACACGGAGACUCCGUAGAUGAAGACAGAGCCGAGUUGGACCUGAAUUCGACUCGAUCCCAUUCUGGAGGCGAGCUGGAGAGCUUAUCCCGAGGGAGAAGGAGCCUAGGUGAGGCUGCAGGUUCCCCGACGGUCGCCGAGCCAGCCAUGAUCGCCGAGUGCAAGACACGCACGGAGGUGUUCGAGGUGUCCCGGCGCCUCAUAGACCGCACCAACGCCAACUUCCUGGUGUGGCCGCCCUGCGUGGAGGUGCAGCGCUGCUCUGGCUGCUGUAACAACCGCAACGUGCAGUGCCGUCCCACCCAGGUGCAGCUGCGGCUUGUCCAGGUGAGAAAAAUCGAGAUUGUGCGGAAGAGGCCAGUCUUUAAGAAGGCCACGGUGACCCUGGAGGACCACCUGGCGUGCAAGUGUGAGACGGUGGUGGCUGCACGACCCGUGACCCGAAGCCCGGGGAGCUCCCAAGAGCAGCGAGCCAGGACACCCCAGACUCGGGUGACCAUUCGGACGGUGCGAGUCCGCCGGCCCCCCAAGGGGAAGCACCAGAAGUUCAAGCACACGCAUGACAAGAAGGCACUGAAGGAGACCCUCGGAGCCUAGGGGCAUCUGCAAGAGCGUGCGGGCAGGGUUAUUUAAUAUGGUAUUUGCUGUAUCGCCCCCAUGGGGUCCUUGGAGUGAUAAUAUUGUUCCCCUCGUCCGUCUGUCUCGAUGCCUGAUUCGGACGGCCAAUGGUGCUUCCCCCCCUCCCACGCGCCUGUCCACCCACCAGCGGGUCCCCUCAUUGGCCUCCAGCGCCUUGCCCGGGAGCUCGAGAAGGACACGAAGGACCUGAACUCCAUUGCUGUCUUCCUCCGCUGACCCCGAGAAUGUGGCAUAGAGGUGUAAGAGAGACCCAUGGGAUCGCCGUUCGGGGACCAGAGGAGCUUCCCUUCCCCAGCUCCUGGCCCGGGUCACACCUGAGCGCCGUGGACUGGCCUGAAACCCUGCACGU